CAUGAAGCGCGUGUUCGCUGUGACACGCGCCAGAGCAGGUGAUAAACCCACGUUGUUGAUGAAGCUCACUGUCGGCUCCAAUCUGUUCACGCGGCGGGGACCUUGCAGCGACAGCUUGUGUGCUUGACCGAGAUCGGCUCGUUUGCAUGACGGAAAGUCCACAGCGUGAUAUAUCACUCACAGACGACCAACCCGAACUACACACUGCUCACGUCUCGGAAACCUCGCCACUCGCUCUCGAUAACGCUCUCACGAAGCUAACAAGCAGCAAUGACUUCGGUUUUCGACUCGCAAAUCUUUGGCAAUGUCUUCUCCACGCCAGAGAUAGCGGCCAUAUGGUCGGACAAGCAAAGAACACAAUACUUCCUAGACUUCGAAAUUGCACUUGCCGAAGCACAAGCGGAGCUGGGUAUCAUUCCACAAAAGGCGUGCGAUGAGAUUGUGAAGAACAGCACACUCGAGAACCUUGACUUCGACCAAUUGCGGAGACAAACUGAGCUGAUAGGAUACCCAGUCCUACCUGUUGUCCAGCAGCUCGUCAAGAAGAUCAAUGCUGUAGAGCCUGGUCUGGGAGAAUGGAUCCACUGGGGCACGACGACGCAGGACCUCACAGAUACAGCCGUCGUGCUCCAGCUACGAGACACUUUCAACUUGGUAGAGAAGGCUCUCGAGAACAUCGCCUCAGCUUUGGCGACGCUGUGCGACAAGCAUCGAAGCACGCCCAUGGCGGCACGAAGUAACUUGCAACAGGCCGUCCCCAUAUCCUUCGGGUUCAAGAUGGCACGCCUCCUAGCUCAAUUCAAGCGUCACCAGCAACGUCUUGCCGAGUUGCGCCCUCGCCUUCUUGUCGCACAAUUCUCCGGGGCUGCUGGCACCUUGGCCACUAUAACGCCAGAGACUUCAUACUCCGUUCCAGAGUCUUCUGAAAAUGAGACUGAGCCUCUCGGACUUCGCUGUCAGAAGCUGUUCGCUGCUCACCUUGGCCUAGCUGUCCCAGAGAUUGCCUGGCACACAGAGCGUGACAACUUCGCAGAGGCCGCCAACUAUCUGGCUGUACUAACCGCAACAUGCGCCAAAUUUGCCACCGAUCUUAAGUUGAUGAUGCAGCUUGAAGUCGCUGAGGCUCGCGAACCGUAUGUGCCUCAUCGAGGCAGCAGCAGUACCAUGCCUCAAAAGCGCAAUCCGAUUGGUUGUGCGUAUAUCUGCUCCAUGGCCAGCAGUGUAAGGACAAUGGCGAGUGGUAUUGUAGAGGCUGUUGUCGCAGAUUUCGAACGAAGUACUGGUCCUUGGGAGAUCGAGUGGAUCAUGCUGCCUCAAAUAUGUGCAUUGAGUCAUGCUUGCCUCAAGCAGACCCAUUAUCUGCUGGAUGGCAUUGAGGUUGAUGAGAAAGGCAUGAAGAAGAACCUGGAGCUCAGCAAAGGCGCCAUAGUGAGUGAGGCGGUGAUGAUGGGACUUGGCAAGUCGAUCGGCCGGCAAUACGCGCACGACUUGGUGUAUGACCUUUGCAGGAGAGCAAAUGUCGAGGACCGAAGCUUGCUGGAGCUCUUGAAAGCAGACAAAGAGGUCCAACGGGCCGGUUUGGACGAUGCUGAGCUAGAACGACUGUGCGAUCCUGCGAACUAUCUGGGCUUGAGCGAGGUCAUGGUGGACAACGUGCUCAAAAAUGUGUCCUGAACGGAGGGUAGGUCGUGAGGGAGUGUUUGGAUCUAGCCAUAUCUGGCAGAUCGCGCAUCCUUCAAACAAGCACAAACCUUAUCCAAGCUGUCUUACUUGGCCGUGGUCAGUGUGACUUCGACAUCCGACUUUUAUUCAACUGCAUCAACUCUAUGAACAUCGAACCUCUUUACGAUUUCUGACAUUUCCAGCUUUUUUCGGCAGCGGGAAAAGCAGGUUUGAAGCGAAAGAUAUCAGGAAUUUGACUGUCUCCAGUUCACCGAUGGCACACCAUGGUCGCGAAGAAAGACAUCAAGCCUUUUCAGGUGGUAUUCAAGAUAGAGGCCCACAAUCGUGCCCGAAACACCCACGCCCCUAGAGCAUUCGUUCCUCGCAAGGCACAUACCAAGUCUCGUGGUGGAUGUCAAGCAUGCAAGAAACGCCGGAUCAAGUGCGAUGGUAGGUUCGAUGGCCUGAAAGAAUGUUCAUAUCAACUUCUAAAUUGCACAUCACAGAAACAUUGCCCGCUUGUGGUCGAUGUGUGAAGUUAGAGAUAGGGUGCAUCUUCUCGCACACUGCAACGCCACCACGCGCGUCCUCGACCUGUCCUGGAACUCCGAUCAACAACGCCACACCACAUCUCGGCUCAGAAAUGUACAGCAUGGCUGUUCAGUUGGCACAGACUGACCUACAAAGCCUGCUAUGUCCUAGCACCGAGCAUCCGCCCAUACGUACAGCCUAUGUCAGCGACAUUCGAAUACUCCAGCACUUUCAAUCAUAUGUCUCCACCACCCUGGGCUGCCCGCGGACGAGCAAUGUCAUGCAGUCAUGUGUCGCCAGUUCAGGAUGGGAUCAUCCGUACCUGAUGCACAUGGUCCUUGCAGUA